AUGACCAAAACUCAAGCGUACUUUGGCCCCCAUGCACAAGUAUACACGAACGAGACUAACUUUAACGAGAAUCGUGUGGGCUUUUUAAUAAGAAUUGAUAGUGGUCAUCAACAAACAAUAAAACUACAGGAAAAAUGUGAUGUACAAAAGUCAGAAACUCCUUUCACGCCUAAAUCACCUAAAAUACAUAAAUCACCAUAUCAAAUCGAACAAGAGUUCCUAAUAAUACAAGCGCGUGCUUUGAGUCAACUAAGAUCUGCUCUUAAAAAAGCCUUAGAAAGAUUUAAUAAAAAGCCACCAAAGUUUCAAAAUAACGAUGAUCACAUGAUUCUUGUUCAUGUGAGAUCUUAUUUUGAAAGAGCAAUUAAAAAUCUUCAUGGUAAUUUUUAUGAGUACAGUUCUCCCAAAGCCACGCAUGUAUUUGGAGGAGUUCCAACUGUGAAUACUGGAUUACUAACUAAUUUAGAUGGCUCCAAAUAUAAUAGUCCUUAUAAUGAAUACGGCUUUGCUUCGUCAUCCCGAUCUAAUAAUCUAUUAAUUACAUCAAGUGAUGUCGCCUCAUCAUCCCGUUCUAAUAAACCAUUAACUGUGUCAAAUGAUGUUGCUACAUCAUCUCGAUCUAAUAAUGGUUUAUGUGGCAUGUCUAGGAAAGGUAACUUAGAUUCUCCUCAAACUAACAAUGUAUUAAUUGGAAAUGCUCUAGAAUUUCCAAUUGUAAUUGAAUGUGAUGAUGAUGAUCGAGAUUUCAAAAGUGGUGAUAGAGAAUCUCCAAUCGUGCUGGAUAGUGAUGAUGAAAAAGAUCUUCACUUGAAGAGAAAAUCCUUACCAAAUGACCAUGACAAUGGUGCUGGUCCUUCUAAUAAAAAACUAAAAAGCAUGAAAGUUGAAGAUGAUACUUUGGGAGAGUUUAUUCCUAUUGAACCAAUCACUUUGUCUGACCUUAAUGCACCGCAACGUGUUUUUCUUCAUAGUGAUGAUAAGCCUAACGGCAUUCAUGAAAAGUCUAACGGUAUUCAUGAAAAGUCUACCACCAUUUAUGAAAAGUAUACCGCCAUUUAUGAAAAUCCAAAAUACUGUUCAAAGGAAAUUAGUAAAAGUGUUUCAGUAAUGGCCACCAAUAAAAUUUUGGCCGCAUAUACUGUAACACUUGGUCUUCAAGAACUUAAUGGUAUGGAAUUUCCGGUAAUCAUAAAGCUUCACGCUGAUGCUUUUGAAGCAUACUUUGGAGCAUAUUAUCUAGCAUGCGGGGAAUUGGCAACUUGUGUUUAUCUUGAGAACCUAAUGACCCCGCUGUUCGAUCUUAUUGUUGCUCAUAUCGCAGCUGGUGUUUCUUUAGAAGAGUUAGUAAAACGUACUGCACGUGCUAAUCGUUUUCGAGAUACUCUUGAUCCUUCACAGUUAUUAAGCGUAGGCGGUGUUGUACCUCAUGGACGAAAUUCAAUUGUUAAAAAUGAUGGAUCACCAAUUAAUCCUGUUGACGAUUUUUUUGAAGUACUUUCAAUUUAUCAUCAAACACAAAUGAUGAUCAAACAAGUCAAUAAUACUCUUCCAUUAGUAAGAAAAAAGUUAGCUUGGGAUUUUUUCCAUGAAGAAACAUUACCAAUUACUCUUAAUUCGUUAUACGAAAAAGAUGAUCCUGAUAAAAGCAAGAAUUUUGUGGAAAUAGAAAAUGUCGAUUUUAUAAUGGAAGCUAGUAAAUUUCCUACCAAACCUAAAUCGUUAGAUCUUUCAACUUCUCCAAACUUUUUUGAUGUUGAAAUGGAGGAUGUAGAACGAUUUAUUGCCACAUCUCCAGUUAGUACUGGUGCAACUUUUCGUUACGUUGAAAUGGAUACACCAUUAUUAUCCAAUCCUUCGACAAUAAUUCAAACAGAUCAAUUGACCUCGACUCUAAAUCUUUCAUCACAACUUCAAAUGCGUUUGGGUACACGUUCGAAUGAUGUAAUACGUAAAAAUUCUCUUGAACGAAUAAAUUCAAUAAUUCCAGCUACCGAAAAGUCAAAUUCUAUGCUUUCGACAAUGGAUGUCGAAUACGAAACCAAUUCCAAUCAAGAUGAAUCCAUUAUAGGACCAGAGAAUACACUUGUAAACUCACCCACUGAGGAAGAAUUCAAACAAAUUGGGGAAGCUACAACCGAAACUACAGAUGUCAUUAGUAAUACAGACCCACCAAUAGUUGAUGAAGUAGAUGAUGAACCAGAAGAAUUAGAUUUACCUACACCAAAAUUAGAUUUAUAUAGUUUAGUUCAUGGUCCACCUCAAUUAACCCAGGCUCAAGUAUUAAAAGAAGAUAAAAUUAAACAAAGACAAGCACUUUAUAAGAAAACAAAAGCACUUCCAGAUCGUCGAAAAUCUGAGAAAAAGCGAAGAAAAAAAAGAUACGACAUACUAAUAAAUAAAAAUCGCAAUGUUCAGUGUGUACUUUCGCAUAUUGAUGAUCAAAAGGCUGAAGCAAUAAAAAAAGCUCAAGAAGAAGUUGAAUUACAAAAGAAGGCCAUUGAAGAGCAGAGCUCAUAUGAUGAAGAUUAUGAGUCCGCCAGACAAGAAAUAAGGCGUCGGAGUCAGAUCUUUGAAGGUGUUAAAAAUAAAUAUAUCGAGCUUGCUAAAAAAGAUCCUAAAUAUAAUAAGUAUUCCAUGACUAAAAUUCAGGAGGAAGCACGAAUUGAGAUUGAUAAUACACCAUCACUUCUUAGAUCAUAA